CCGCCCGAAGGAACCUUCGACAAGUUUAAUUUCGGCGAGAGCACAGAACUCACUGGUGAUAGUUUCGUGCCAGUCAAGCGACAAGCUAAAAUAGAAAAUGUCUGAACCACUACUUUCGCGAAAGUAUUUCGACGCCGUCUACAUCCCCGCCGGCCUACUAGUCUUUGGGACCAUCAUCGUUAGGAAGGAAUGGACAGGCUAUGCCGCGUUGCUCGCCAUUCUCUUGAGCGCCAUCAAAUUCUGGAGAAUCGUACCCAAGAAGGUCCUCAACCCUGAAACCUUCAAGGAGUUUGAGCUCAAGGAAAAGACCGUCAUCUCGCACAAUGUUGCCAUCUACCGCUUCGCCCUGCCCUCUCCCACCGCGAUUCUCGGCCUGCCCAUCGGACAGCACAUUUCGAUCGGGGCGGCGAUCGAUCAGCCUGACGGUUCGAGCAAGGAUAUUGUGCGGUCGUACACGCCCAUCAGCGGCGACCACCAGCCGGGCCACUUUGACCUCCUGAUCAAGUCGUACCCGACGGGCAACAUCAGCCGGCACAUGGCUGGACUGGCGGUGGGGCAGACGAUCCGCGUGAAGGGACCCAAGGGAGCCUUUGUGUACACGCCCAACAUGGUGCGCCACUUCGGAAUGAUCGCCGGUGGUACCGGCAUCACGCCCAUGCUGCAGGUCGUGCGCGCCAUCAUUCGCGGUCGCAAGGCUGGCGAUACCACCCAAGUCGACCUCAUCUUCGCCAACGUCACCCCCCAGGAUAUCCUGCUCAAGGAGGACCUCGACGCUCUCGCUGCCGAGGACAAGGGUUUCCGCGUCCACUACGUCCUCGACAAGCCCCCUGCCGACUGGACUGGCGGCGUCGGUUACGUCACUGCUGACAUGAUUACCAAAUGGCUUCCCAAGCCUGCCGACGAUGUCAAGAUUCUGCUUUGCGGCCCGCCUCCCAUGAUCAGCGGGUUGAAGAAGACGACUGAGAGCCUGGGCUACCAGAAGGCCCGGCCUGUGAGCAAGUUGCAGGACCAGGUCUUUGCCUUUUAAAUUAGGCAACGCAUCGGCGUAGUAUAGGAGGCGGAAAGGGGGAGGGUAAGAACCCAAAUGAGAUACACCUCUCCUAGGAAUGGAAGGAUAAGGGGGCAUUAGGCUGUUGUCCCCUAUCCUUUUAUCGUUAUCCCGCUAAUACCUGUCAAUAAUGCACAUCUUAAUCUCAUCACCACCAAAACAGCGAUAUAGGGUUUCUU